AAUUUUCAUUUUCAUUCGAUAAGCAAUAUCAAUUCCACACAUUCAUUUCAAAAUCUUCAUUAGUAUCUCUCUUUGAAACUGAAAAUUGUACAUCACAAAUUGAAAUGAAUAUCAAAAUAUUUUUGUUCGUAUUCUGUGUUGUUUCAGUGAAUGGUUUCAAUAACAUACUAGGGACUGAACUCGAAAAAUGUCUGAGAUGUAUCUGUUUUGCCACCACAUUUUGUAACCACUUACCCAACUGUGUGAAGGCACAUAUAAAUAAAAAGUAUUGGGAGGAUGCAGGCUCUCCAACAUUGAAUUACGAAAAACCCUCUAACCAAACUUACCUGAAAUGCAUGAAAGAUACAAAUUGCGUUUUGAAUACAAUGGAUACAUACACAACAGGAAGAGGUUCUAAAAGAGAUACCAAUUGUGAUGGUAAAUUCGACUGCAAGGAUAGGCUUGCAAUUCAUUUUAACGGAUUGACUGUUAACUAUACCCUUCAACCAUACCAAAUCACCAGAUUCGAUAAUUGUGCUAUCGAAAACAGUGUACCAACAGAUGAAGGAUGGUCUGGUUGUGACUUAGGAGGAAUCAACUCGGUGUUUUUUUAAUUCCUUCAAGAUAUUAUUAUAUGAGCUAUGAGUGUGAACAUUUCGAGUGGCCAAUAAAUUGACAUAGCUGGAAUACGGAAACUUUUCAAAAACUUUUCGUUCCCAGUGAAACUAGAGCCCAUCAUAGUUAAAGGCAGAAAUAAGCACCCCAUUCGAUUUACUACAGGAUGAUAUAUUUGGUUAAGAACUCCAUUUAUGCUUUCUGAGUCAAAUUCUCAAAAGUUUCUAUUAUAAAUACAUUAAGAUAAAUCGUAAAUAUAAAUAUUUACAUCACAAAUGUUAAAACCUUAGAUAGUGAGAUAAGUAUAAUAAAUUUUUCAAGGAGUUA